AUGAGCACGACGGUGCCCAACACGGGCAUACAAACCAAAGCACCAACUCCCUCAAACCAAUCGAAGAAAGAGAAGCCUUCACCCUUGCGCUCAAUCAUUGCAGGCUCCACCGCCGGUGCUGUCGAAAUCGCAAUCACAUAUCCCGCCGAAUUCGCAAAGACCCGCACUCAACUCAAUCAACGACUGCCUAAAGGACAAAAGCUUCCGUUUCCUCCCUUCGGCCCGCAAUGGUAUGCUGGGUGUACCACACUCAUACUCGGAAAUUCAAUAAAGGCAGGAGUCCGAUUUGUGGCAUUUGAUCAGUACAAGCAAAUGCUCGGCAAUGGCGACGGGACAAUCAGCGGACCUAUGACGGUAGUAUCGGGGUUUCUGGCUGGCGCGACGGAGAGCUUGUUGGCUGUCACGCCGUUCGAGAGCAUCAAGACACAAUUGAUAGACGAUAGCAAGCGCGAGAAGCCACGAAUGCGCGGAUUUCUGCACGGCUCUGGAGUCAUCUUCCGCGAGCAAGGCUUGCGUGGGUUCUUCAAGGGCUUUGUGCCCACCACAGCGCGUCAAGCAGCCAAUUCGGCGGUUCGCUUCUCAGCAUACACUUCUUUGAAGCAGGCUGCGCAGUCAUAUGUUGCACCGGGCGAAAAGUUGGGAACGCUGAGCACAUUCGGUAUAGGAGCUAUUGCCGGUACAAUCACAGUCUAUGCGACACAGCCAAUCGAUACAGUCAAGACGAGGAUGCAAAGCAUUGAUGCCAAGGGCCACUACAAGAACAGCAUCGACUGCGCCGUCAAGAUCUUCCGCGAUGAAGGUCUGUUUAGGUUGUGGUCUGGUGCGUUGCCCAGGCUGGGUAGACUCAUGUUCAGCGGCGGUAUUGUCUUUGCCAUGUACGAGAAGACCAUUGACUUGCUGGAGACCCUGGACCCCCAGAAGAAGUAUAUCUGA